GCAGCCCCUGCCCGAGUUAAAACCGGAGUGUGAGAGAGAAAAGCGCUUCAGUAGCGAGAGGGGCUGAGAAAGUGGUGACACCGCCGGGGUGCGGAGGGAGUCCCUGAAACUUCUCCCAACAGCCCCAGGGCCAAUCUCCCCUCAGCCCACUCCCCUCUUCGCCAGCUCCCAGGUCCCCACUCCCUGCACCGGGGGUGGGGUGGGGAGCCAGGCCCGUCUCCCGCUGGGACACACACAGGGGCCGGGAGCGGGGACGGGACCCCCGAGGCGGGGGGGGACGGACCGACAGACAGACGGCCGGGCGCCCACCCCAGCGGGCAGGCAGGCAGGAGGAGGCGGAGGCGGGGGUACGACGGGGAGGACUGGGUCUGGGGAGUUUCCUCUCAACUAUCGGGGGAGAAACUCCCCGCAGCCAGAGGAAAGACCCAGACGGUGUUUUCCUCCCGGGGGCCGCGCUCCCCCGCCCCGCGUAGCGGCGGUCGCCGCCGCCGCCACCGGCGCCUCCACCUCUACCAUCUCCUCUUUCUCCACCACCUCGGGCCCCGGUGUCCCCGGCCAGCACUAUGCCCAUCUUACUGUUCCUGAUAGACACGUCUGCCUCUAUGAACCAGCGCAGCCAUCUGGGCACCACCUACCUGGACACGGCCAAAGGCGCGGUAGAGACCUUCAUGAAGCUCCGUGCCCGGGACCCUGCCAGCCGAGGAGACAGGUAUAUGCUGGUCACUUUCGAAGAGCCGCCCUAUGCUAUCAAGGCCGGAUGGAAAGAAAACCAUGCAACGUUUAUGAAUGAACUGAAAAACCUUCAGGCUGAAGGACUUACGACUCUUGGCCAAUCCCUAAGGACAGCUUUUGAUUUAUUAAAUUUAAAUAGAUUAGUAACUGGCAUAGACAACUAUGGGCAGGGAAGAAACCCUUUUUUUUUGGAGCCAGCAAUAAUUAUUACAAUUACUGAUGGGAGCAAGUUGACUACUACCAGUGGAGUCCAGGAUGAGCUCCAUUUACCUCUUAAUUCUCCUUUGCCUGGAAGUGAAUUGACCAAGGAACCUUUUCGCUGGGAUCAGAGACUCUUUGCAUUAGUGUUGCGGUUGCCUGGCACCAUGUCAGUAGAAUCAGAACAAUUGACAGGUGUGCCUUUAGAUGACUCUGCAAUCACACCAAUGUGUGAAGUGACAGGCGGCCGCUCAUAUUCUGUAUGUUCUCCAAGAAUGCUGAAUCAGUGUCUGGAGUCCUUGGUGCAGAAAGUGCAAAGUGGGGUAGUGAUAAACUUUGAAAAAGCAGGACCAGAUCCUUCCCCUGUAGAAGAUGGGCAGCCAGAUAUAUCAAGGCCUUUUGGAUCUCAGCCUUGGCAUAGCUGUCACAAACUCAUUUAUGUCAGACCAAAUCCUAAAACGGGGGUUCCUAUAGGUCAUUGGCCUGUUCCAGAAUCUUUUUGGCCAGAUCAGAAUUCUCCAACACUACCACCUCGUACAUCUCACCCUGUGGUGAAGUUUUCCUGUACAGACUGUGAACCGAUGGUUAUUGACAAAUUGCCUUUUGACAAAUACGAGUUAGAACCUUCACCACUAACUCAAUUUAUCUUGGAAAGGAAAUCUCCUCAAACAUGUUGGCAGGUGUAUGUGAGCAAUAGUGCAAAAUAUAGUGAACUUGGUCAUCCCUUUGGUUACUUAAAAGCCAGUACAGCACUGAACUGUGUCAACUUAUUUGUGAUGCCUUAUAAUUACCCAGUCCUCCUCCCCCUUUUAGAUGACUUGUUUAAAGUACAUAAAGCAAAACCAACAUUGAAGUGGAGACAGUCAUUCGAAAAUUAUUUGAAGACAAUGCCUCCCUACUAUCUUGGGCCUUUGAAGAAAGCUGUUAGAAUGAUGGGAGCACCUAACCUAAUAGCAGACAGUAUGGAAUAUGGACUUAGUUACAGUGUCAUUUCAUACCUCAAAAAAUUGAGUCAACAGGCCAAAAUAGAAUCUGAUCGAGUCAUCGGAUCUGUAGGCAAAAAAGUAGUACAGGAAACUGGAAUUAAAGUCCGAAGCCGAUCACAUGGUUUAUCAAUGGCUUAUAGGAAAGAUUUUCAACAGCUGCUUCAAGGAAUUUCAGAGGAUGUUCCUCACCGACUGCUAGACCUUAAUAUGAAAGAAUACACUGGGUUCCAAGUUGCUUUGCUCAAUAAGGAUUUGAAGCCACAGACAUUUAGAAACGCGUAUGACAUACCAAGACGGAAUCUUUUGGAUCACUUAACAAGAAUGAGAUCUAAUCUUUUGAAGAGCACCCGUAGAUUUCUUAAAGGACAGGAUGAAGAUCAAGUACACAGUGUUCCUAUAGCACAAAUGGGGAAUUACCAGGAAUACCUCAAGCAAGUACCUUCUCCACUAAGAGAACUUGAUCCUGAUCAGCCUCGAAGGUUGCAUACAUUUGGCAACCCCUUUAAGCUGGACAAAAAGGGUAUGAUGAUAGAUGAAGCCGAUGAAUUUGUGGCUGGACCUCAAAAUAAACAUAAACGACCUGGAGAACCAAAUAUGCAAGGGAUCCCUAAAAGACGUCGCUGUAUGUCUCCACUGCUAAGAGGCAGACAACAGAAUCCAGUUGUGAACAAUCAUAUUGGAGGAAAAGGACCACCUGUACCUGUGACUCAAGCACAGCCAGAUCUUCUUAAACCCCUUCCUCUUCAUAAAAUUUCAGAAGCCAAUAAUGAUUCGGCAAUAGAUGAUGUGGUUGAAAAUCAUGUUGCAGACCAACUUUCAUCAGAUACUGCACCAAAUGCUAUGGAUACUGAAUUUUCAACAUCUUCUCCAUCCAAUUUACUAGAACGACCAACCAAUCAUACAGAGGCUCUUGGUCAUGAUCAUUUAGGAACUAAUGACCUAGCUGUUGGUGGAUUUUUAGAAAAUCAUGAGGAGCCAAGAGACAAAGAACAAUGUCCUGAAGAGAAUAUGCCAGCAUCUUCACUCAACAAAGGAAAGAAAUUGAUGCAUUGUAGAAGCCAUGAAGAGGUCAACACUGAACUCAAAGCACAAAUAAUGAAAGAAAUCCGGAAGCCAGGAAGAAAAUAUGAAAGAAUCUUCACUUUACUGAAGCAUGUGCAAGGCAGUUUACAGACAAGACUAAUAUUUUUACAAAAUGUCAUUAAAGAAGCAUCAAGGUUUAAAAAACGAAUGCUAAUAGAACAACUGGAGAACUUCUUGGAUGAAAUUCAUCGAAGAGCCAAUCAGAUCAACCAUAUUAAUAGCAAUUAAAAGAAAACAGAAUGUGGCCACUUAUUUCACUGUCUUCUCCAAAUACAAAGUAAAUACAAGACUGUUGUGAUCUUGCAUUCAUUUUUUGACAUGCAUUGUUGGCUAUUUGAAAUACUAAGAGCAAGUCUACAGAUCCUUUUUCCAUCAUUUUACAGUGACCUUUUCUUCAUUUGGUUUAUUUUUGUAAUGUGAAAAAUAUCACUCUAAAAAACAUUUUUAUUUAACAAACUAAAAAUAUUCCUCCAAAUCUCCUGCUUGUUAUUGACUCUUGCGUGUCAAUUUCCCUCAGGUUCUAUUUUCUUAAACCAACCUUUAAAAUUGUCACCUCUGUUAAGGUUGAACUUUGCCAAAAAAAUAAAAAAGAAGUUACUUUGUAAUUUUUGGGGAAAAAAGCACAUACAUUAAAACUAGGUAAUGUUUUGUAUAUACAGUUAUUUUGGAUAUAUUAUUGUAAGUUGUACAAAUGUAUUUUGAAGAAUAUUUAAGAAAAGCACUUUUGUUAUUCCAUCAAUAAAUGCUCUAUUUUACUCUUGUGUGGUUUAGGAAAUAAUCACAUUUAAAGUAAUCAUUUAAAACCAUCUUAAGAUAAUGGAAUUUUAAAGGCCUUGCUUUUUAGCAUUGGAAAAAUACACCACUUGAAGUUCUUAUUUGUUAAACCUAACUGUAAUUACGUGUUACAUGAGCUGCAUUGUCUUUUUACUAUAUGUUCUUAGUUUUUGUUGGCCACACCAACAUACUCCCAUUUCUGCCUAGAUAAUGCAAACGACGAUAUCUGUGGCAGAUAGGCAGACGCUUUAGAAGCUGUUUAAAAAACAGACAUUUUUGGACAUUAUUGGUUUCCUUACUUCCCUUCACCGCCUUUUCCUUUCUCACUAGGAUUGUAGAUGGCAGUGAGUUGAAGCUGUUAGUUAGAGGGUGGUAAGUUUGGGGUACGCCACAUAACUCUGAAAUGUCUAGCCUUUAGCAGCUUUUGCCAUGCUUACAAAAGGCCCACAACAAAUUGGGGGUUCAAAGGGGAUCUCUUUGUUCUGCUCUGCUAGUAUCACACUUAAACUCUCCAUUUUAUUUAGAAGUGAAAUGGAAAGGAAACACAUUUAAGAUGGCUUUGCUCAUUUUGCAUUCUCCCUGAGUUACCCAGGAAAAGGAAAACCCCACAUUAUUCAUGGUCCACCCUCAGUCCAAAAUGGCCUCGUAUGUCCUUACUGAGGAUGUGACCCUAUUACCUGACUCAAUCACCAUUCAUAGAUCACUGCUGUGCCUUGUAGUGCUUUUGGGGUAACCAAGAGAAAAGAAAGUUAAAAUAAAUUUAGAUUAAGAGAGGGCAAAAUAAAUUUAUUAAAUUAUAGUAAAAUUGAAGUAUUUUUAGGUUCAUAAUAUUUGAAAAUCACAUACCCUUAUCUUUUUACACUUUAGCAGAACAUUUUUUAAAUUUCAAGGGUAUAGCAAAAUGAAAUUGUAACUUUUUAUGAAGAAAAGCAUACAUGAAAGUGGAGAACAUGCUUGACAUCUGUUAAUUUAGUCUAGGGGAUUUGACACUCUCCCAAUGCUGAAGACAAACCCUGUCAAGAAAAAGAAACAUUUAGUGUAAUGUUAUAUAGUAUUUUCAUAUGCAAUUCUUUAAACCUUUUUUUACCUCUACAAAAUACCUUUAAGUAAAGCAGAAUAUCAUUUAAUAGAUGGAAUUGUUAAGGUAAUUACCUGCAGCCACAUUGCUAAAUUCAGUAAGAGCUACACAAAAUCCAGAAUAUACUGUCUGGUCUUAAAUUAUGUAUAUUUAGAUUCUGAGAUUAAAAGAAGGGAUUACAAGUCAUUCAGAUGAAAGUUCAUACUUUAUAAGAAUAUUUAGGAAAGGGAUUCAGUCUAUUCCAAUAUUUAGCAGCUUGCUUUAUCAGAAAAUUCUUAUUUCCAUUCCACAGUUGGCUUGUGAGGUAAUAAUCCUUUUGAGCCUUCUCCUUUAAUACAUUUUUGGGGAUGAACCCUGGGGGGAAGUUGGGAAGAAGCGGUUUGUUCAGUCUCCUCUUUUUGUCCAUAAUCUCUCUGCCACUGUACUCUACACCCUCACCCAAAAACCUAGUUAUUAAGUUUGAAACCCAUCGAAACUCAAGCUUAAUAUCCCAUCUCUUGCAGGUUUUUAUGUAGAAGUCUUCUUGUAAGCAAAGGGGCGGGGGUAUAUCUGAGGGAACCAUGUGUCUUUAGGCCCUUUAGUUCACUGGAUGACUUUAGGCUGGACAAAUGAUAUUCUCUAACAGUUUAUUCUUGAGGUUAAGAUCCUUCUUCUUCCUAUAUGUGCCCUGUUUGUCACUUGAUUGAGUCUGUAUAUGCCUGUAUAAGAUUUAUCAGUUUGGUAGAUUGAAGGCUGAGACUCACUUCUGUCUCUUCAAUAUCCCUGUCACCAGAAGAGUAGCCCCAUCCUUUGUGUGAUAGAGGUGAGUACCUCCCAGAAAGAGAGGUAAAGGAAUUCACAAGGACUGUAUUUAGAUGUGCGGCGGAUUAUGGAACUGGCUUUGGAUUAGCCUUGUAUUUUCUUUCUGUUUUCUAAGGCAGUUCUGAAAACUCAUCAUUGAAAUAGUGGUGUGUCCUUUACUAGUUCAGAGAUUUUACGUCAUUUUUUUGCAGUUGAAUUCCCAAAGAGAAAUCAUUCUCUUUUAACUGUCAUCGAUCUUUAUUGGCUAUCAGCUUUUGGCAAUGACCUUUCUGUUCAAGUUUAAUCCUGUCUCUUUUCUUGAAGGAGUAGAACUUGUCAUUUUUUUCAUCUUUCAUUUUUUGACAUGUAUCCUUUCUGAGAGAGAAUUCUUUGUUGCCUGUUCUGAAUGAUAAGUGACGUUUUCAUCUAAUAGAUAGGGGGUUGGGAUGACCAUGGUAAAAUACUAGGAGGAUAUAGUCUGUUGAUGAACUUUUUCUUCCCAAAUAAUUCCAAAAUUAUUUCCUAGUGAAUGAUUAUCUUCAUCCUUUUUGUCACAAAAGUGUUCCUUUGAUUUCUAGCACAAGUUUCAGCAGUAUGCAAAUGAUUCUCAGAUAAAAUGAUGUUGACAGUAUUUUCUUAACAAUUUGUGUAAAACCUAUGCGUAAUUUUCAUUAUUCUAACUUUUGACUUUUUUCCUCUCCAUAAAUAAAAAAAAUGCCUGAUGUUUAUAGUUAAAGUAGAUCCACUUUUGCUUGAUUUUGUUAGUCUUGUUCCAUUCUAUUUCUUUUUUAACACAUUGUUUAGACUUGCCAACAACUCUUUACUGAGAAUCUCUUUUCCUUCCUAGGCUGAUAAAUAAUUGUCAGAGAGCCAGGGCCGGGGAACAUUGAGAGAGAUAAUUUGAAUACGUUAUUCAAUGUUGAUGCUUAAAGGACUUCUUGUCCCACCGAUGUGCCAAGGCUUUGCCUGUGCAAUGCCAUCAUUGGAUUAAGAUUGAGGUUGAACUAUAGUGGGACUUAAAAGACUAGGGCAAACAUUUUAUUUUUGUGUAAUUUCAGCUUGAGAAAAGCUUGAGAAAGGUCAACAGAAAAGCUAUAGAAAUCCAGGUGCAUUCACUAGCAUACUAGGGUUGCUGAGAGUCAGAGGACUACUCGGAUACUCUAUUGGCCUGAAGGAACUAUCUUCUGUCCUACAGUGGCGAGAAAGCUAAGCAACAGCUGGGGAAAAAAGUGAAGAUUUAUCAUUUAGUUUACUUUCAUGAUUUUUCUAAGUCUCCCCAGAAGUAGAAACCUGAAUUAAAAAAAAAAAAAAAUCUACAUCAACUAUAAAUGAGCUGAGAGAAAGAGAGGGCAAAAAACCCCGCAGAGGAUGUUAGUUUCCUUUGUAGUUAUGAAAUAUUCCUCCUUUUCAGGACUCUUGACACAGCAACUGGGAAGCUUCUGAAGCACCAUAGAAACCAGCUAGAAGGAAUGCUUUUAGGCUACAGUGGACAAAUGAGCCUUGUUGCUAGAGAGACAGUGAUAAAUAUUUAAUUUAUAUGAAUUCUAUCAAAAAAUACUGUAAUACCUGUGUUGGGUUCUCUCAGGAAAAAGAUGAAUGGCCGAUCUGCUUUAAAAAUAGGAAUCCGAGACCUUUUCAGUAACAACAGAGCUGCAGGAAAGAUAAAGAAGAAUCCCGUUGCAUUUUCUAUUCAUUUGCUGAAAGUCACUAUUAAAAUCGGAUACAAAGUCCAUUACAUCCCUUGAUUUUUGAAGAAAUAAAAGCAUCCUAAUGAUA